AUUCAGAUCAUCCAGAAGGAGUAAGUGUUCAGUUCGCACGCCUUUAUUUACUGACAACCAGAACUCUCUCGUCUACCGACCGACAAGAAUAUUUUGUCACUUCUCUAUUUCCUAAGACACUCUCAAGCUUCAACUCUCCAGCUGAAUACAGACCCUAGCUCAUAUUGCAGCUGAGACUAAUUUGACUAAUUUUUGCAGCCGGCAUUGGUUUGGGCCAUGCCGGACCUGAAAAAGUACUUCACUGAGGGUUUGAUCCAAGUGGCUAUUCUUCUCAGUCUGGCUGGGAUGCACGUGGACGUGGAUCCUUAUUUGCCUCCCUUCAGCGAAAUCAUUCUGGGCCCAAGUUCAGCUCUCACUCAGACUCAGUUCCACAAUCUUCGAAACAUCCUUGAUGGAUACAACGUGCACCCAAAAAGCGUAGACCUAGAUGAGUUCUUCACUGCCCGCAGGCUUCUGAGUUGGGUCCGAUCGCUUGACCGUCUUCAGGUGCCAGCGGCAGAGUUGGAAGCCUGGUUGGUCCACAGAGAGCCCGACAAUGGAGCCUCUGUCCCAUCUCAAGUGGGACUCCUUGAGGAAGGUGGAGGACUUGAAGAUAUGGAAGAACCGAUGAGGCUGGGAAGCGGAGGAGAACUGAGCUAUGAAGUAGCUGAGGAUCAAAACCUUGAAGCUUUUAUGUCAAGAAGCCUCAACCAUCCAGACGACGAUGACCUCCUUAAAGAGGAAGAUGGUGAGUCUUUCUUCUGGGAACAGGAUCCUCAGCAAAAUAUCCACCAGGAGCAGUCGGAAAAUGGAAGAACCCAACCUAACUUGCUUAAUGGAGAAGAAGAGGAAGAUGAUGAGUUUAUGUUGGAGAGCUGGAGAAAUACAAAUCCAUUUCACAAUCAGAUGCUGGAGGAGGAUCUAGAGUUGUCAGGUGUGAGAGACGGCUCUUCUCUUUGGCCUCUCAUUGAUUCCAGCUUGCUCUCAGAAGAGGCUCCAGAGUCGACAGGUCCUGGUGUUCAGAACGCAGGAGAACAUGCACUUCAGAUUCAGAGGUCUCUCAUCUCACCCUUGUUGCCUGAACAGGAAUCCACAUUCAGCUUAGAGCAACAAUGGCAAGAUGUUUUGUCCAUCAUGGAAUCACAGGUAAUGAAUACAACAGAAACAAUAGAGGACUCUCUUCACAAUAUCAGUGAUUCAGACAGGAAUUUUGGAUCCAUGGAGAAUGUCAUUCAUCAGGACAUUAGCCUUAAUCAAGCCACUCUGCCAAGAUCCACUGAAACACCAAACGGCAUCACCAAUCAGAUUAACAACCACACCAUGCCAAACGUCAAUUUGGACGCCUCUUCCAAUACAGAAGCUUUUGAAGACUCUGAUAUCAUAGAGCUCCUCCUGAACGCUGGCUCUGGCCUCCCGAGCCCAUUAGAUCCUCUGCUUGAAGAAGCUAUGCUUGAUGAGAUCGGACUAAUGGAUUUGGGACUGGAAGAACUUGGACAAACACAAUUUGAAGAGCAGAACCAAGCAGAUUCUGACUCUGGUUUAUCACUAGACUACAGCCAAAGCCCUUCAUCCCCUUGUGGAUCUGAAUCCUCCAGUUCCUCAUCAUCAUCUUCAUGCUCUUCAUCAUCCUCCAAUUCAACCCAAAGUUUGGUGCCCGAUGAAGGUGCUGUGGGAUACAGUCAUAUCAAAGAAGAGGAUGGCGCUGUGGGCGGUUUCAUGCCAGAACAAACCAAAAUGUGCCAGUCAAGCUUUUUGGAAGCCAGGCAAUUCCACAGUCUUCCUUGGCUUGAGCACAUCGGACAUGAUCAUACCUACAACCAACCUCAAAGCCAAAGAAAACCACCAAAAGAUCCCUUUGACGAGUCAACGGAAGACAACGCAUUGGAGCAUCUGUCCAGCCGGGAUGAAAAACGUGCACGCUUGAUGAACAUCCCAUUCUCCAAUGAACGCAUCAUCAACUUAAACGUGGAUGAGUUCAAUCGCUUGCUAGAAAAAUAUCAUCUCAGUGAAGCUCAGCUCACGCUCAUCAGAGACAUUCGCCGUAGGGGCAAAAACAAGAUGGCGGCUCAGAACUGUCGCAGAAGGAAGCUGGAUGUCCUAGUGGAAUUGGACCAUGGUGUGGACAGUCUGAGACGUCUCCGAGCCAAACUGCUCAGGGAAAAGUCAGAGAUCUCUUGUUCCAUCAGGGAGAUUAAGCAGCGUCUAAAUAGCCUGUAUGAGGAGGUGUACGAGAGACUAAGAGAAGAACAGGGAUUGCUCUACUCCGACAAUAACUUUACUCUGCAGCACGGCAGAACUAGAAAUGCAGCAUCACAGAACAGAUCAGAUUCACAGUCCAGACGCAAACUUAGCAAAAGGCAAAAGCACAAGUGAGAUGGAGGACAUGUGUAAUGCCAAGGCUCAGGAAAAACACUAUCUGCUGUAAAGUCCAUCAGCUGGUUUACCACAGUUCAAUGGCAAUUUGCAUCAGGUAGGGUAUAUUUACCCAGGAGAUCAUCCUUAAAGAUGUAACGAAUUGUGCAGGGACAUAACAUGACUUGACAGAACUUGAAAUUUCAUAAUGGUUUGAUAUUAAAGGGCCAUAAUAUGAAUGUCCUUUCGAGGUAAAGAUACCAAUAAGCAUACUGUAUGAGGCCACAAACAUGCAGUUUGUGAGUGAGGUUGACUUAAGUCAGAGAAAGCAGGCAAUUUUGUUGCACAUGUCACGUACAACAAGUGGUUUUUUUAAAGGAAGAGCAGCAAAUUAGACUGAUCUUCUAAUUCUAGGUUCAUACUAAACGUGGAGCACUACAUCACUCCCUCUAGUUUACUUGAGAGGUUUUUCACCUCAAGCAAAUUUUGAGGGUUGAAUUAUUUGAACCGGUGUGGAAGAAACUGAAAGAAAUUCUGGUGCAUUUGUGCCGCCCAGUGGAAAUUAACACAUUUGCAUUGACUUGCAUUGUAAUACUUGCAAGAAUACGAAUUUCGCUUUUGGCAUGAUAACCCAGUGUAAGGGCCAGAGAUGGAAAAUGGUCAUAAAAGCUAAAAUAUGAGUCAAGAAACUCAUAAUGAGAUCAUAAUUUAUAAAAAUGGAAUAUUGCAGUUUGUAAAUUACCAGACUACCUUGUGCUGUUUAUUCAACUUUUUUUAUUCAUUUACUUUGAGCAUUAUUGAUUUAGCUUCCCUCUUCUCGCAAUGGCAUCUCAUCUUUGAUAGGACAAAAAUUCAUUCCUUCUACCUCUCAUUAGAUACUAUAUGAGCUACGAUUAGUCUGCAAUUUAUGCUGAUAUGAAUACAUAAAUAAAACCUACUCUCAAUAGUUAAUAGUUGCAUUCAACAGCAUAAUAACAAAAUUACAACCUCACAUACUUGUAAAACUCAACGUGUAAACUGGGAAUUAUUAGAGAGCAAGAACAUUUUAAAAUCAUGAAAUAGCAUAAUUAUGAAAGGGAACACACACUUUAUCCAUCAGUCAACAAUAUGCAACUUCUAGUUCAUCCUGAUAGUUUAAAAAUACUGGGAAACAAGGACAUACUGGAAAUUGUUCCCAAGCAGCAAAUGGUAAAUUAUGCUUGGAAUCCAAGUUUUGAUCCAUUUUAAAUACUGGUUUAAUACAAGUGUUGAAGUAUAUAAAAGUAUACAAUGAGAAAGUAUUAUUUAGUUUUACAGGGUUUCUGCAGAUAUCACCAAGUCAAAUGUAAGACUUUAAGACGAUUUUAAGACCAUUAUGAAUGAAAUUUUAGACUUAAACAAGGCUAAACCCUAAAAGGAUUUUCACUUGUCCCAUUAAAAAGUCUAACUACUUGAACAAUAUUUAAUGUGUCAAACAAGCAAACCAUACAUACAUUUUUCAAUAUAACGUUUCUUUGAUAAUAAAUUAAAAUGUACAACAGUCUGUCCAGGUCAGUGUCCUCACCACAUAUGGUCUAUAAAUACAUGGAGAUCUUACAAAUGUUGUUGUGAUAAAGAUAAUUAAUCCAUACAGGUAAACAAUGUUAUAGAGCAUUUUUUGGAAAUAGAUUGCUGGUGACUGUAUGUGUGUUGGCCUGAUUGGGUAGUUUUACAUGGACAUUUGAAAUUUAAGACCUACAAGUCAAUGUUUUAGUGAAUUUAAGACUUUAUAAGGCCCUGCUGACAGCCUGUUUUAAACAGGAUUAUCAUUCGCUGGGAAACAAGGUUAAUAGAUUUUUGCUCCUGUAUGUUUUGAGAGAAAUGGAGUUCUGCCUUUGAGUUUGUGUUUUAUAAAGACUGUGUUACUGUAACUCAUCGAUUCAAUUCUAUUUGAUUUCAUGUCUUGUAAGUCAUUUAAACCUUUUUAUAUUGAAUUAUGUAUAUUGUGUUAAAGGUUUUGCAGUGAAAUUAAGUUCUUCUUUGAUUAAAUGCUGUUUAUUUAUUGUG